AUGCCUCCCCUCCUUUCCCUCUUCCUUCUAUCCCCUGGCUUUCCCUCCUCCCUUCGUUCCCCUCCUUUCCUUCCUCCUCCGGCUGCCUUCAGCAAGUAUCGUAGCCGCCACCGCCGCUACCCGCCUCUCGCCAUCGAGUCCCCAGCCUCCGGCUGCACUCAGAAUCACAGCCCCAGCCACGCUGCCGCUACCCAACUAGUUGGUCGCCGUUGGUUUCGACUUCAACUUCGUCCUCGCCGAAUUUCACCACCGACCCCAUUUGCUCUUCCAAUAAUUGGCCACCUUCACCUCAUUAAGAACCCACUCCACGUAGCACUCGAGAGACUAUCACUCCGAUACGGUCCCAUACUAAAUCUCCGGCUCGGUGUCCUGCCUAUCGUCGUCGUGUCUUCUCCCUCUGCUGUUGAGGAGUGCUUCACCAAAAACGACAUAAUACUUGCAAACCGGUCGCAAUAUCUUGCUGGGGAUGUCCUUAGUUACGAUUAUACGUCCCUCGCAUUUGCUUCAUAUGGUCACCUUUGGCGAAGACUUCGUCGCAGAAAUUUUCUGCCAUCCAGUGGAAGCCAAAAGGUGGAGCUGAGGUAUUUUUUUCUCCCUUCUAAGUUCAAUGCUCUCAUGAGGAUAAUUGCCGGAAAGCGCAGCAUUGAAGGAAAGGCUGCAACCACCGAUAUGGGAAUCAGGCAGCAUCUGCAACAAGAACUCAGAGAGACUUUCCUUCCGUCCCUGUCAAUGAAUAUGUGUGACUUCCUGCCAAUAUUGAGAUGGGUUGGGUACAAAGGAUUGGAGAAGAAUAUGGUCAAGAUUUGUAGGAACAGAGAUGAAUUUCUGCAGAAUUUGAUAGAUGAGGUUCGACAAAAGAAAGCAUCUAAUUCAUUCAAUUGCACUCCCAAUAUGGAAAGCGGAAAGAAGAUGACAGUGAUUGAAAAUCUAUUGUCCCUCCAAGAAUCUGAACCUGAAUUAUAUUCAGACAAUCUCAUCAAAAGCAUAAUAGCGCUUAUGUUUGUUGCAGGAACUGAUAAAUCAGCCAUUACUUUAGAGUGGGCAAUGUCUCUUCUACUGGAUCACCCAAAGGUAUUAGAGAAGGUGCGAGCGGAGAUUGAUAACCAUGUCGAACAUGAGCGCUUAAUUGACGAGUUGGACCUUUCCAAACUUCCUUAUCUCCGUUGCAUAGUAUAUGAGACUCUUAGAUUAUAUCCUGUCGGGCCGCUAUUACUUCCCCAUUUUUCAUCUGGUGGUUGCACACUCGGAGGAUACGACAUACCGCGACGAACAGUUCUGUUGGUGAAUGUUUGGGCUCUUCACAGAGAUCCCAAAGUAUGGGAGGAGCCCGAAAAGUUCAAGCCAGAGAGGUUUGAGGGCACUGAGGGGGACAGAGAAGGGUUCAAAUUUAUUCCUUUUGGAGUGGGGCGGAGGGCAUCUCCGGGAGCUGGCAUCGGCAUGCGGAUAGUUUCAUUGGCAUUGGGUACAGUGAUUCAGUGUUUCGAGUGGGAAAAGGUUGGGCAGGAGGUGGACAUGAGCUGUAAUUUUGCCACGACUAUGGCCAGGGCUGAGCCUUUGGAGGUUGUGUGCGCCCCACGCCAGAAUUUUUUUAAACUACUAUCGCAACUAUGA